UUUGCAGAUGACACUAAAAUAGGUGGAAUCAUGGAGAGUGAAGAAAGUUAUCAAAAAUUACAGAGACAUCUUAAUCAACUGAGUCAGUAUUACAGUGUGCAAUCCAAUGGGAAGUCUUGGACUUAGCAUAGCCGGUGGAAAAGGAUCGACUCCAUAUAAAAUCAAUGAUGAAGGAAUCUUCAUUUCAAAAGUUUCGAAGGGUGGUGCUGCUGAUCUCGCUGGUUUACGAGUUGGAGACAUGGUGUUGGAGGUCAAUGGAAUAAGCUUACAAAAUGUUACUCACCAUGAAGCGGUGCGUGCCCUGAGAAGUUCUGGCACUGUGAUUAAGAUCCUGAUUCUGAGGAACAGGGCUAUGACCACUGACACCACCGAGGUCCCCACCUUGAGGAGUAGUGACACAUACACCUCGCCACCUGAGUGGAAUGAACAGCCCAACGCCGAGGCACUGACACCAGAGGAUGUUUUCCCCGAAAGGAGGACAUGUAAUGGACGUAACUUGGGAUCUGUGACCUCAAUGAAUCGCAGCGUUAACUCGGCUGACAGGACAUCGCAAAAGCGCGACUCAUUCCGUGCCGUGAACCAUUCCAUGCCAAAUCCUUUACUUAAAGAGAAGAAAGGCCAGUGUUCUGUGAUGAAGUCGAUGGUUCGUAUUAAUGAAACAGUCAAGCCUUUGGCCUUCACAUUUGUGCCAACUGUUCGAAGGCUUCCUGCUCACAUUCAGGUGAUGGAUACCAGAUUCUCGCAUCAGCCUGGUAAACUGCAAAGCUCAGUGGCCAGUUCCUCCAUCUUGAAUGAGCCCUUGUAUAUUGCUGAAGAAGAACAGUCCGGAAGUUUUAGAGUGGAAGACGGCGUUGUAGAAGGAGCGUCAAACCGAAGCUGGUUGAAUAAUGAAGGAAAGUUUGGGCCUGCUGAAGAGACUUCACAGAUCCAGGGGAUUUUCAAGGCCGAGUUUGUCUUACUAACAGACUCAGAUGGAAGUGACAGUGAUUGUUUCUCUCAAGGAGAUGGAGUAGACCUCUCAGCCACGACAGUGCCUUUGUCAAGUUUGACUCCGAAUCCUUUCGCUGAUGACAAAGGCAGUUUUGUUCAUCCAAAUGUUGUUGAAGAUAAAACAAAGGUCCCUUUCUUACGAGAUGCUGAGCAGAAGCUGGAUGGUGAUGAGCAAGAAUCACUCUUUCAGUCUUGUUCUCCUCAUUGUGCCGAUAUCCAUCUACUAACGUCCACAAUUCAGAAUGGAGAUAGCAUUCCCACUGACAAGAGACACGCUUGCCUUCCACCUGCAUUGAAUAAAUCUGCACUUCAUUUUGUUUCCAAUCAAAACACAGACAAGAAAUCUUCUAGUUUGCCCCGGUCCAGUUUCUUGUCCACCACUGAGAAUUCCCUUUUAUCUUCUAGCUCUUUACCUUCAGCACUUCAUACCAAGUCCCUCUCCCAUUUCAACCCCUCUGUUACGAUCUCUAAAGCGGCUUCUCUUCCCUACCCUCUAUCCCUACCAGACUUUAUGAGCUGCAGUGAUUUGCAUUCAUCUCCAGUCUGGUCAUCUUCAUCCCUGCCCUCUUCAAGGUCCACUGUGGAUUCCUCAACAUGUGUUCAACAUUCACCUUGUUCUUCCAGCCAGAAUUUCCUUACUCCCAUCUCUCCGUUGCCAUCUUGUCACUGUUCCAGAAUGGCUGACUCUUCUUGUCUGCACACGAAUUCUGCAAAAUCCAGUGAGGUGUCCUCUCCUCCAACCCAGUUGUCAUUGCUAACUUCAAUUUUAAGAUCUGGAAAGCUAACUCCAGUAUCAUCAGAAUCCUCAGGGCAAUCGACAAUAGUUUCCUCCAACACAUCUGUCCACACCAUUGGCUCUGGAUCUUCCGUCAAAUCUCCAACUUCUCAAACUUCACAUGCAUCUCCUCCCUGUCAAAGAGCCAGGACAUUUUCUCCGAUGCCAGGGGCUUCCUUCCAGGUCUCCUCCAGAAAGGCCGAAAAUGUUUCUUCAGUCUUGCCAAGGUCCCCUGCCUCUCCGCUGUUCCCAAAGCUGGCAGCAUCUUCCUUCCAUUCCUCUUCUACGCCUUUAUCUAAAAAGUCUCGAAAUAGUUCAAGAGAGAGAGCUCAGACCCCACCACCUCGCCCUUCUGCAAAGCACAAAGCUGGUCCCUUGAAGUCAGCCAACUCGACUCCCAUGCUAUCCUCAUUGUGUCAUGACUCAAAGCCCCCUAUUUCACCCCACUCUCCCUCCCCAAUCCAUAGAGUUAUUUCUCCUGGCCCAGUACCUUCUUUGUCACCCCGACCUCCCAUUCGACAGGAACAGGAAUGCCCUCUGCCCUCUAGGAGGUCUCUCAGGACUCCUCCCACCUCUCGAAUCUCAAACUUGAAUUACUGCCUUGGAAAGUUUGACCGUCUUUCACUGAGUACAACAAGUUCUUCAGUUUCUGUUUCUACCAGCCCCUUCAAUACUCUCCCCACCUUAGAACAGUCUACAGCACCUUCUCCACCCUCAUCUUCUUCAUCUACUCUGGUGAAUUUGUUCUCUUCCUCCUCUUCUGUUUCCAAUAAGCCCACUCCUUCAAAUAUUAAUCCUUCUACAACUUCACCCACACGAAACCAGACCUCUCCUCAUUUGUCUCUGUUGAAGCCUGGCUCCUAUUCCACUGCCUUGCAUUACUCUUGCUCACCGAAACCCCCUAUUCCACAGCAGCUUUCUCGCCAGCCUUCCCCUCUUGCUAAAUUCAAUGGCACUGUUAAUACUUCAGCUCAAUCUGCAGGACAUUUCUCUAACCCCAGCACUCAAACACCGCUGCCUGAUCCUGUAAAACCCCCUCCACCAUCAUCACCCACUCCCAGAUCGGGCACAUUUUCUCCAACACAAUUUCUGUCCCGUCCCACCGAGACUAAGAAACCCGAACAACAGUACAAGAUCAAGUCAAGUUACAAGGCUUUUGCAGCAAUACCGACCAACACACUGCUACUGGAUCAGAAGGCCAUCGACGAAGCAGUCAGUGACUUGGGAGAAACUACAACACAAAGCACAUCAAAGGAAAUGCAUUCACAGUUCCUUUAUGAGCCUGGAAGUCUCAGGCAGCAGUCCGAGGAACUGUAUGCCACUAUUGAGCAAGUACUGGAGGAUCCAUUGCCAUCACGCUGCACAAGUUCCAGUCUCAGAUCCCCGGCGAAACUGCUGGAUUCUGAAGCCCACAAAUCUAUCAGUCCCAUACCGAAGUCAGCUGGAAGAGAAACCAAAUACGCCAAUCUCCAUCUACCAUCUCCUGAGACCACAGAGAAUCAACCUACCAGACCUGGUGUGAUUCGUCCAAUCACUGCUCUACAGAAGGGACCUGCGAUGCUCGAGGUGGAUGACAUCUGUUCCAAUCCUUUCAGACAACACACCGAUGAAACCAAAAAUAGCGAAAUCAAAGAGUGCCUCUUCCCGCUAUCUGCCAUCCUAGCGUCUGUCCCGCGUCCCAGUGUGUGCUAUGAAAUGUACCAGACCAUGCCGUGCUCCCAGGACAUGCCCCAAUCCGUACCUCUGUCUCUCUCACCUGUCACUUGUCUAACCUCUGGAUCACACAUUCGCUUCUCUCCCAUUGCCCCAUGUAAUUACUACAUGACCUCUAACCUUUCCCGCAGUCUUCAUUCUCUCUAUAUAAAGCCGCGGCACUCAAUAACAACAAUUCAUGAGAAUGAAGCUCUAGGCAGCACUGAGCUUCCAAAUGCAACAGAGAAACCAAAUAAGGGUCUGCUUCAGAGGCCUGGCACUGAGAUAGGGUCUGGGAAAUUGAUGAUGGAUUACGGUGGACGUGGCCAGGAAGCCCAGGAGAUCUUGGAAGAGGGAAAACAGCGAGCUGUCAAAUGAGAAUCAAAGACCACUCGCUCAUCCCCACCCUCUGCAAGAGAUUUCAAACCCAGUUUGUUGAAAGAUCCUUGAAGAACAGUUUUGUCAUUUUCAGCCAGUGUAUGUCAAUGGUUUUAAUUUGAAAUUCUGUUCUCCUGCUGGAAGCUCUGCAAUUAUUACUAGUGAAAUAACAAUGCGUAAAUGUAAGUGAGAAGGCCGACAUAGGUCAGGUUUACUGGAUGCCUGCCCUAUUGUCUGAAUGUGUGAAUGGAAUGUAGGAAUGUGUCUUUCCAUUUACAGGCUGUUACAGAUCUAUCCUUUUUACAUCGUCAUACCGUACUGAAACGGGCCUUCAGUAAACAAAACUAAUCCUGUUUUCCACUUGCAUCCCUAAUAACCACAACAGUCUCCACAUCCAUCCCCCCCCCCCCCAGGUUCUUCUGCCACCAAUUUACACCAGGGACAAUAUACAGCUGCUAAUUAACCUUCCGCUCUCCAUAUCUUUCAACUCCAAACUGAGCAGUUUAUCUAAGAAAGGAAGUACUGGCAUUGGGGAGGGUCAAGAGGAGGUUCAUGAGAAAGAUCCUGGGAAUGAAAGGAUUAUUGAAUAAGGAGCACGCGAUGGUUUAUUUAUUUAAUUUAUUUAGAGAUACAGCACGAAACAGGCCUUUCCAGCCCAACGAGCUACACUGCCCAGCAACCUACAUACUCAGGCUAUGCCCACACUAGAGCAGAUAAUUUUGAAAACGCUGGUUUCGUGUAAAAACGAUAGGGCGUCCACACCAGCAGUUUUUGAACAUACCUCCAUCUACAUUAAAAUGGGUAUUUGGGCAAAUUUCCUCCUACUGGGCAUACGCAGGACACACAGAAAAAAAGUGAAGAGGAAAUGGUAUACUUGGUGUGCAUUUGUCCAGUUACAAACUAGAAAAACUUAAAAGAAAAUUGCCAAACAGAAGACUUGGUGUGCAUUUGUCCAGAAACAUUUCCUACAACCAGUCUCUUCAUCGAUGAAAGGGACGACAGCUACAACCAAAUGCAAUAAGGCUUGUUACUGGGCAAAAGUGAAAAUUGCUGUUACCUCAUUUGUUUGACUCUACUUUUGCCAUGUCUUUGUGUAUUAUUAUGCUGUAUUUAACAUGUGAUUUAACAUGUGCAAUAAAACGAGUUACUGGGCAAAAGUGACCAUUACAUCUUUUGAAUGUUUGCACAAGCAAUAAGUUAAUAAAGCACCUUGUUAAAUGUAUUAAACAUGUCUGCAUCAGUGUUAUCUUGUAUUUCCAUACAACAUUACAUUAGGAUGUUACACAUCUAUUGUCAGAUAUUGUUGUUGUGGUGUUGGAGGUUGCGUUCAAGAAAACAAUGAAAUGCCGCACUGCCGCCACCAUUUGUUCCGGCACGUCAUGACAGCGUUUUUAAAAUUAGCCGGUUACCCCGUACACACUACAAUGGCCAACCGGCGUUUUCAGGUUUAAACAUUCUGGAGAGUGUUUUAGAAAAGCUCCGUUUUCGGAGCAGGAAAAUACCGUUUCAGUGUGGACGGAGGGUCAAAACGAAGACAAAAAGCUUUGGUUACAGAUUUGUCCGGUCUAGUGUGGACAUAGCUUUAGCCUAAUUACAGGACAAUAUACAAUGACCAAUGAACCUACUACCUAGUAUGUCUUUGCACUGUGGGAGAAAACCAGAGUACCCGAAGGAAACCCUGUGUACACAGGAAGAACAUACAAACUUUCUCACAGUGGAUACU